CUGUCCAGGGUUUGGAAUUCCAACAUGGCAGAGGCUGUGGUCAGUCUUCUCCUCACUAACUUGGAAUGGUUUCAAAUCGCGAGCGGCCGCGCUUAACCUCAGUGAGCCAUUCAUCUGCGCACUCACCGAAUCGAUGGUACUAUAAACCCUGACGCUGCCCUGGCACCUACACAGGCUUGAAGACAUGAUCACUAGCACCAGUAUUUAUGGUUUAAAGAUGCAGUGGACCCCAGAGCACACACAAUGGGCAGAACAACACUUUGACAUCUCAUCCACUACCCGCUCGCCAGCACACAAAGUAGAGGCCUACCGGGGCCACUUGCAACGAACAUACCAGUAUGCAUGGGCAAACGAUGACAUCUCUGCACUGACUGCCUCCAAUCUGCUUAAGAAAUAUGCAGAGAAGUACUCCGGGAUCUUAGAGGGCCCAAAUGAGAGAGCCCUGCUGUGUUCUUACUCUGAUAGCACCACUGGACUCAUGAAUGGACGAAAGUCAGAGAAUGAGUCCUGGCAGGAGGGGAUUUACCCAAUGAACUGUGCUCCAGAUGUUAUAUCUGUGAGCAAAGCUGGAAUGACAGCUGCCCUACCCCCUACAGAUGUGUCGGCUAGCAUAGGCAGCUCCCCAGGGGGGGCCAGCAGCUUGUCUGAGCCUAGCUAUUCCAGCAGUAACUGUGGGAGCCACACAGCCACUACUCUCCACUCGGGCCUCCCCUCUCAGGAAUAUACUGCCAGUUACAACGGCUCCUACCUGCAUUCUAGCUACAGUGGCCAGAGUACUCCAGCCCUUCCCUCUCCUUUGCACAGUGCUGGGCUCUUACAACCGCCGCCUCCACCUCCUCCCCCUACCUUAGUGCCGAGCUACAACGCUGGGUCUCCAAACCUUCCCAGCUACAAUUAUCCUCCAACAGGGUAUCCUUCUCAGACUGCUGUCGGCCCUGGUUAUAGCCCUGGGGGAGCACCCCCUGCUUCUGCUUAUCUGCCAUCCGGCAUUGCAGCUCCUACACCAAUCCCUCCUUCCACACUGCCCGGCUACACCUACCAGUCCCAUAAUCAUACACCAAUUGCACCAACACCUUUGAAUGGCAGCACAUCCAACUCAUUAAAACGAAAAGCUUUCUACAUGAGUGGACAUGGAGAUAUGGACUCUAGCUAUGGUCAUUUCUACAACCAACAGCGCUCAUCACAGAGCCCGAUGUACAGAAUAACGGACAGUGUCUCAGACUCAGACAGGGGCAAUGGCUUUGACAGAAAUGCUGAAGCAUCGUCUUUAGCGUUUAAGCCAACCAAACAGCCAAUGUCUUCAGAUCAACAAAGAAAAUUUAUUAUACACUCUGGCAGAGCACUAACUCCUCCAUCCUAUGGAUCAACCAAAAGCUCUGUGGGUGAUCUCAGAACUGAGCCCUACAGCAAGUUUGGAUCCCCCGUCAUGAGUGAACAAACUGAAGAGCACAGACAACACCUCUCACACUCCCUAACAGGGCCUGACAUUGGUGCAGCUACCUCGUCAAUCCAUGCUGCAGAGGAACAACUGAAGAACAGUGACUCCAACCUGGUGGAGAUGGUGACCACAGAAAUCCUUCAGCAGGGCCCUCCAGUGGACUGGGGCGACAUUGUGGGUCUGGAUAUGGCCAAAGCAGCCAUCAAAGAGGAGAUACUAUGGCCCAUUUUAAGGCCAGAUAUGUUUAGUGGACUUGCUACAUUACCUCGGAGCCUCCUUUUAUUUGGACCUCAGGGAACUGGUAGAACGCUGCUAGCUCACUGCAUGGCCAGCCAACUGGGGGCUGCCUUCUUGCAACUCAGCAGCUCAGCUCUGGUCACCAAGUGGCUGGGGGAAGGAGACAAGAUCAUUCAAGCUUCUUUUCUGGUGGCCCGGUGUCGCCAGCCAGCAGUGGUGUUCAUCAAAGAGGUGGACCUGCUGCUGUCAGACCAGCUAAGUGAGGAGAGCCCAGUGAAUCGCCUCAAGGCUGAGCUCCUCAUGCAGAUUGACAGUAUUCUGACCUCCGCUGAGGACCAUGUCCUCGUGGUCUGCUCCACCAAUAAGCCUGAAGAGAUCCCAGAGUCCCUACGGAGGUACUUUGCCAAGCGACUGCUCAUCCCCUUGCCUGAUGGGACAGCACGACACCAGAUAAUCACCCAACUGCUCUCACAGCACAACUACUGUCUUAGUGACAAAGAGAUGUCACUACUGGUUCAGAGGACAGAGGGCUUUUCUGGACUGGAUGUGGCUCAGCUGUGUCAACAGGCUGUGGUAGGUCCCCUCCACGGCAUUCCUGGUACUGACCUCUCAGCCAUCCACCCCACUCAGAUGGGACCGGUCUCCUACCAAGACUUUGACAGUGUGUUUUGCAAAUUCCAGCCCAGCAUAUCACAAAAAGAACUUGACAUGUACACUGAGUGGAAUAAAAUGUUUGGUUGUGGUCAAUGAAAGAGACUCAUCAAACACAAUUCCUUGGAAACCAGUAGUUCAAUACAAAUUAGUGUUUGGCCUUCAGUGAAAGAGAAAAAUGAUUAACAAUGGUGACAUGAAAAUACUAUAUACAGUAAAAGGAUUGUCCUUAGACAGAAGAUGACAGUCUGGACAUCACACAUUGGUAAAAGUUAAUUAAAUGCUUUAUAUGGCUUAAUAUGCUCAUUAAAACUGUAACGAUUUGGAAGAAGUUUUCCCCCCUCUUUUUGUAUAUACAUAUAUAUAUAUAUAAAUAUAUAUACACACUAUUCUGCUGAUCUUGAGAUUUAGUUGCUAUCAAGUGCCUGAGCUGGUGCUGUUAAGUUUUUUUUUCUUUUUGCCUCAUAAUCUUCAUUGGUGAACUGUGCUAAUAUAUAAAAAAAAAGCUUUAAAAUGAGACAAAAAAUGUGCUCUCUCUUUUCCAUUAGUGUUCUACGGCUGUGUCUGUUUUGUGCUCUCUGUGAACAGUUGUGGUUACUUUGAGUUAAAUGACAUUUAUUGGUAUCAUUUCAGUUGGACUUUACCUGACACAGGUUUUAUUAAUGUGUAAAUCCUUAAAUUAACAUGGACAUACUUUAUGUACAAUGUGAUUUGUUUUUUAGCAAACUUAAGGUGAAUUUGGCUGCUGUACUAAUCUCUCCACUAUAGAUAAAAAAUAAAAAAAACAAAUACUAUUUUACAAUAUGACUACACUCCAAACAAUAUAUUACUAUGUAAUGCUGUUAGAAUAUCUUUUCAGUAGUAAUUCACAGUGUUUCACAUAAAUGUAAAAUUCUACCAUUCAUUCUUUUGAUGUUCUCUAUUUGAAAACUCAGGAAAGUGAUGAUGAUAUGUGCAGUACCUCAUAAGCGUGUGGCAAAGCACUACUGCAAGAGCAUUUGGCUUGCAUUUGAAAUUCCAUCAUCAAACAAAUGUAAGGCUAUAUAAUACCUCAAAAAGCUCAGAAUGAAAUGAGAAGGUUCCUGACAUGAAUGUAUAAGAGUAAAUCUGGUUUAUUUACGAGACAAAAAAAAAGUAAUUUGUUUGGGUCUCUUUACUUUAGCUUGUGAUGAUGCAGAGCUGAGAGAAAUUCAAAAGUUGCAGACCAACAUCUUGGGGUUUAGGAAGACAGCUGUCCCGACCUAUUUCAUUCCAUCCUGCUGAUGUUUUAUGGAUUAUGUAUAGCCUAAGUUAUUUUCUACCUCAGUUUGUUAGUUAUCUCUGAAAGACAAAUACAUGAAGACAGAUAAAUGUGAGCACCUGUCUCGCUUGUUUGAUGAGGAAACCUUUUGAGAGAACACCAAACAGUAUUCUGUUGUGAGCAAAAUCUAUUAGCUUUACAUUCUGAUAACUCCCAAGAACCACGUAAUGCACUUAAAGGGGAAUACCACUGAAUAUCAGGUUUGGGAUACACUAUGCCUUUGCCUUAGGACAAAUUGGUCUGUAUUAGCUAACACUCACCAGUGGAUGUUGUUGCCAUUGCUUGUUUGGCCUCUGAAUCUGUGAUGUCAAAUAGAAAUUUACGUGUGACAGCAUUUGCAGCUAUGUUUUAUACACAUCAUCCAGCUUAGAAAACCAAUUCCAUUAUUUUAAUAUAAAUAAAAAUAAAAAAAUGGGUUUGUCUGUCUUAGGUCAUAACUGUAACAUUCAUGAAUUGAGUGGCAUUCCUUUUUAAGAACAUGUCUUGAAGGCUAGUCUCACUGUACACAAAACUGUUAUUUUAUUGUGUUGUAACUUUCACAUUUAAAUGUUAUGUUUACAAUUCCGUUAAUCACUACUUGCUGCCGUUAACCAGUACAUUUCCAUGCAGCGUUUUUUUGACAAUGAAAGAGCAGGACUGACAGCUCAAUUGGCAAGUAAAAAAUGUGACUGAAUGUAUUAUGUCCUCUGAGCAGUACGGAAAGCAAAGCACUCGCACAUCGACAAAUGUCACUGAAGUAGAUAGCACUGUAGGUGUACGUGUACUGCAGAGGCACUAAAGGACCAUGUGUUUGUUUUUACAAUGAGGUCCCUUCAUCUUUGUUGCCUAUUGCACAUGUUGUACCUGUUCUUUUUUUUAUACAUUGUGGAUAUUGAUUGAUUGAUUGAUUGAUACUGUACAAAAGUGGUUGAUUAAACUUAAAUUAGUUUACCCAUUAAAGUGUCCAGCAAAGUCCAUUUGGAAGUUUCAAAGUUGAAAAAUGUGUAGUUACACAGAAACAUUAGUCCAAUAAUAAUGUGAAAUACUUUUUUAAAAGCCCCUGACAUAUUUUGUCAUUUGUAACUGCACUUUGAGGUGUUUAUUGGUUUAAAACUUCCUUGAAGCCAAAGUGAAAUAGCUUUCUUGUGAAUAUGAUGAUUUGUUUUAAGAAGAUGGGAGCGUCAGUGACCUUAAAGCCACAGUGUGAGCUGUGGAUAUUGGAAUUUGGCGAUUUUGUAGCACUUCCACUUGGCAUUGUUAAGUUAUUAUAUCACAGUAUGUAAAAUAUAUGUGGGUUUUGUAAAACAUUUGUAGUUUUACACUUUUAUCCGGUCUGAGUUUAUGAACAGUCAUUCACCCCUUCCUGGAGAACCAAUGAAAACAUGGCUAAUUUGUGUAUCUUUAAAAAAAAAGCAAUAUAGCAAAAAAUGUCAUAUACCACAAAUUGUGUUGUCAGACUGGACUAUAAUUAUUUUUGUGUCCAUCAUUACUAAUUGUAAGAAGUAUUUAAACUCAUUGCAGGGUUUUUGACAAGAAGGUGAUAAGAAGCCCUAACGAGCUCAGAUUCCAUGAGAUUAGAGUGACUGUUCAUGAACUUACAGAGAGAUGUAUGUUAAAAAGGAGAAAUGUUCCACCCAAAUUAAGCAGUACUUGUAAUCACCCUGACAACAACAGGUCUUGUCACAUAUUUGUCUCCCUAACAGUGCAAUAUAGCACAGUGCAAGGCAGAUAUAUAAGAUGUUACCUUUGUAUGUUUUUAUUUGCAUCACAACUAGAGUAAAAAGGCUUAAAGCAAGAUCUGAUAUGAGGAAAACAAUGGCAGUUAUUUAGAUAGGGUGUAUAUUUCACAUGCUAGAUGUUAUCAAAACAGUCACAACCAACACGAGCAGAACAUAUGAUAAGCACAUUGAGUCUCACAGUUAUGCCAACUCAGCCACUUGAAUCGCUUUCUUGUUCAAAAUCUGUCAGUAUUUCUGUAACAUCUUUUUGUUGAGAACUGCUUAAGAUUUUGACUCCAUCUUUAUGUAGUUUUAUAAUCUGGUAUUCUUUAUAACCAUUUCUACCUCAUUGCUACAUAUUGUACAUGUAGUACUUAUGUCCUGUCAUUUUGAAUGUUAUGCAUUUGUGGAUAAAAAAAGUUAAAAAAAGUUAAAAAAAGAGAAAAUUAAAAAAAAAAAAAAAAAUGCUUGCCCUUGAAUCUGAGCAGUCUACCUCACAAAGACUGUCUUUACACUGUCAAGUACAAGUCACAGAAAAAAUAAGGCUCCUUGAAGGCAACGAUGAAGUCAACCAUUCAUACUGAGGUCCAGUUUAUUUACAAUACCACCUUUCCAUUGAUUUGCUGUAGGCUGUGAAGGUGUUAUACAAAGGCGCCAAUGCAAUUCCAAUUCAUUUCCUAAAAAGUAACAAAUUGCUUUAAUCCUCUGUGAAUUGUUGUAGUGCGCAUGUUAACGUGUAUGUAUGUGCACUUGCAAUCCACAUACAAGUAUGAGGGGAUAACAUUAAGAUAUGAAAAAUCUGAGUUUUUACUUUUCGUAUUCAUGUACAGAGAAUAAACUUGCACAUAGCUGUAUGUAUUGUACAUUUGCUAAUGAUAUACAGCAUACAUACAAAAAAUGCACCACAUACAUGUUUCUAUGUGUGUAUGUAUUGCCAUACUUACAGUAAAGUCGAUUUAAAUGUAUUUUAAUUUCAAGGUACAUAAAGGUGAUUGAAAUACUGAAUAAAGAUGUUUUCUUUUUUCCUGAAAACUGGAUGCAUUUUGUAACUGUACUUGAUUAAAUUUGCAAUGGUGUGAUUGAUUUAAGCCUGUGCUAUUUCCGUUUCAAGCUAUUUGUUGUGGAAGACCGUGUUAGAGCCAUGACAACUUAAAUCAUCAUUUCUCUAUUUCACUGGUGUUCAACAACAGUAUAGUGAAUAAUUCAGUUCGCAGCAGUUUACAGAGACUGAUUUUAAAGCUUACUUUUUAUUGCAGUCCUCCAACCAAUACACCUUGCAUGAUUCAUGAUAACUUAUUAAUCCAUACUGGCUGUUUUUUAUUUAUUUAUUAGGAAAUGAACAGCUAUGUUUAAAAAUCCUCUUUCAUUAUUAAGUAGUAGGUGUUAUAUGACUGGGAAGUUUCUGUGCAAAUUAACAUAAAUGAGAAAAAGUACCAGCAUAUUGUGUCAGUGUUGGUAAUUGUU